ACAGGAUCUGUUCGCCUGUUCAGUAUGUGGGAGGGAUCUCUGCUGACUGACCGGCAGGAUGGACGGACAGCCAGACAGAUGGAUGGAUAGGAGCACACCUGGAUCACACAUGGACACAAGUGUCAGACAUGAUUGACAGAUCUUCUUUAAUCCUGUCAUGUCCCAGAUGAGAGACUGCAGGAAUGAUUCUCAUUGUUUUCACAGUCUCUCUCCUGUGCCUGUUUCCCCAGGCUGUGCUGGCUCUGUGGGCGUGCGCACGCUCCUGCCCAGCCUCUUGCACGUGCACGCUGGAGAAGAGCUGCAGUGUGUUGUGUGACCGCUCUGGCCUACCCGACCUGCCCCGGGAGUUCCCUUGUGAAGCGUCCUCCAUCAACCUGGACAAGAACAGCCUUAAGUUCCUGUCUGAGAGGGCCUUUGGUACCCUACCGUCCCUCAGGUCCCUGUCCCUGGACCACAACAACAUCUCCUUCAUCACCCCUGGGGCCUUCAAGGGUCUGCCCAACCUAGUGGAACUGAAGAUGGCCCACAACGAGUACAUCCGUUACCUCCACACCCGCACCUUCACUGGGCUCAAACGCCUGGUCCGACUGGACGUGGCCGACUGUAACCUCUUCAACAUGCCCGACCGGAUCUUUCUAGAAAACUAUGCUCUGAAGGAACUGUUCUGCUUCCAGAACAACUUCCGAAGGAUUCCCGGAGCGUUCCGCGGGAUGGAGAACCUGACCCACGUCUACCUGGAGCGGAACAAGAUCGAGGCAGUGGCAUAUAACUCUCUCCUAGGCCUGGGGAACCUCAGGUACCUGAACCUCCAGGAGAACCGCAUCAACGUGAUCCACGACCAGUCCUUUCAGGACCUCAUGCGCCUGGAGAACUUCUACCUCAACGACAACCUGCUGUCUGAGCUGCCUCGGGUGGCCUUCAAGGGCCUUAGCCGCCUCAAGAUGCUCAACCUGGGGGGCAACCAGUUCACCAACAUCUCCAAGACCUGGUUCAGCGACCUGGUGGAGCUGGAGGUCCUCUACCUGGACCGCAACCGCCUGGUCUAUAUCGAGGAGGGGUCCUUUGAGAACCUGACCAGUCUGAUCACCCUCCACCUCAACAGCAACAACCUUAGUUCCCUGCCCUUCCCUGUCUUCCAGCCUGUCUACUUCAUCGGACGCCUCUACCUCUUCAGGAACCCCUGGGAAUGUGACUGCUCUCUAGAGUAUCUUAAGGAGUGGAUGGAGAGUUAUAAGUUGGUCCGGGACAUCCCCUGCGCCUCCCCGUCCUCCGUGGUCGGCCUGGAUCUGAGCGAGGUAGUCUUCGCCAGGGUGAAUGGGUCAUGCCUGGAUCCGGGGGAGCUGAACCUGACCACAAUGUCUUCGGAGAUCCUCUCGACCACAGAGAACCGUUUCAACAGCCUGAUCUCCAAGCUGCUCCAGCAGGAGCUCAGGGAAGAGGUGGGGAAUGGGACGGAGAGCCUGAGGAACGGGACUCUGCUGGACCCCGCAGAGGGACUCAGCGCUGGGAUCAAAGGGGCAGACGUCAGCCAACCACUGGUCUCAUUGUUGGUGAUGUGGUGUGUCUUCUGGAUGACAAUUGGCCAAUCUGAUGUGGAUUUCCUGUUUGGGCAUGUGACUGGGAACUGAGAGAUGGAAGAAUGUAUUUCGUAAAAUUGGGUGAUUUCUUCCCCCAUUGACAGGAAAGCUGUUUAGAAUGAAGGACGCUACAGACAAGUCAAUCUUGUUUCAGUAUCUGACUGUCCAAUGAAGUCUUGUGGAGUAUGUGAGUUUCCUGCUGAUGAAAACUCACAUUUGUUUGUUGUUCAUCCUUUCGAAAUGAAAGGAAUCAGUAAUACAACAGGUUCAGCUCACAUGGAUACAGGCUGAACUGAGAGGGUGGCUCAUGUAAAACACUGAACUGCUUGAUAUUUGACAGCACAGAUUUUGUCUUGUACUAUGCAGAAUGUCCAUGAAACCAUGGAUUAUUGCAAUGGUUUAGAUUUCAAUACCUUCCUCGUGUUACAUAACAUUCUUUAAUGAAUGAUAGCAUUCAUAUUAUAUAAUAUUUAAUGAUAGCAUUCAUAUGAUAUGAUAUUUAAAACACGAAUGUGUUCCCUGUAACAUUAAUGAACAUGAUUCUAAUUCAUGUAAAUGUGUAAAAGUUGACAGGUCAAGUCCUCAGCGCCUUUAUAUUCUCCACAGAUAUUUUCUCAUUCUUCUUGUUUUAAUCAUUCAACUCAGUAAAUGUAGAAUGUGCAGCUUUUCAUAAAUGCAUUAAUCUUCUUA